UAAGACUGGUAUAAAACAGCGCGAUGGUUCCACGGAAAGACAAUUCCAAAUUCUUCAGUACGCAAGAGGAAUAUCAGAACAACAUGGCUGCAAUAUUUGUUACCGCUCUUAUGGUGCUCGGCGCUUCUCACAGCCUCAGCGCAGCCGCUCUGUUCGGAUAUGCCCCUGACGAAGCUGUCGGCGACAGGCAGGAUCAGAUACAACACGCACUGGGAAAGAUCCAGAAGCUGGCCAGCAACUUCAAGCGGAUGGCAGACAACGCGCAGGCCGACGGCAACAAACUACUCCAGGCUCUCAGGGUCCAGAGCAACGACCCUGAAGCCCUUCUGGCACUGGUAACGGAGACAAAACUCGCCAUCUCCCAGUCAGCACCAGCUGGAGUCGACAUCUCGUCCUGCGAGUCUGGGAACGACCAGAAGUACCAGGCCAUGGUCCAGGAGGCCGGACCGGGGAUCGAGGCCUGUCUCCACUCCGCCGCUGCGGUCCUGCAGCCAUACUUUCAGCAUCUGGACGACUUAGUUACCUUUGCUCAAGACGCCGCCGUCGGUGCUAAUGCUAACGUGACCAGCUGCGUGAACAAGAACCAGGGUAACGACGGCGGUCUGACCGAUUGCCUGAGUGUCGUGAGGAACCAGGUGUUCGAGGGGAGGGACCAGCUGAUGGCGGCCAUAUUGGGUGUGAUGGCUGACUUCAGGAGUGGGACGGGGCCUUUGAUUGCGGACUUCACCAAGUGCACAAAUGACGUGCAGGACAGGGCUAUCGGAGAGUCCGUGGACAUCAUCCAGACGACCCGGGAGUGCUUCAAGGGUCUGGGGGCCGGCGUCAGCAGCAGAAACUCCACCAGUUCCGCUUAAGUUAACUCGGCAUUCGAUGUUAAGUUAUUUAAGUUAUUGUGGAUUUAAAUGAAGACAAAAAUAAAGCACUAGAAACAGAA